UUUUUCUGAGACCAGGGGCAGGACUUCUUUCCAACACUGAGUAGAGGAUUUCAAAGUACCGGGGAGCGGAAAGCCACUACGCACGACCUUUUUCCCCCUGGAAAAUUUCAAGUUUGAAGAUUUCCCCACUCUUUGGCGUUGAAAAUGCUCAAGUGCGUGCAGAGCAUGCUGUCACUUUCGUUCCUGGUGACGUUCGCCGCCUGCGACGCUCCUCCGGUACCGUUAGACGACCUAGUCAUUGAGAAAACGUUCGUUCCUGAAAAAUGUGUGCGCGCGGUCAAAGUGGGGGAUUUCGUCAGGUAUCAUUAUAUCGGCAUGUUCCCGGACGGGAAAAAGUUCGAUUCAAGCUAUGAUCGUGGAAGCACCUACAAUGUGUUUGUUGGCAAGAAGCAGCUGAUUGAAGGGAUGGACAGAGCCCUGGUGGGGAUGUGCAUCAAUGAGAGGAGACUGAUCAAGAUCCCGCCUGAGCUGGCUUACGGAAAGCAAGGAUACGGUGAAAUCAUCCCUCCAGACUCCAUCCUCCACUUUGACGUUCUGCUGCUGGAUGUGUGGAACCCAGAGGACGGCGUGCAGAUCAACACUUACUACAGACCCUCCGUCUGCUCCAGGAAGGUGGAGGUUUCCGACUUUGUCCGUUAUCACUACAAUGGCACCCUGCUGGACGGAACUCUUUUUGAUUCAAGUCACACCCGCAUGCGUACCUACGACACCUACGUGGGGAUCGGCUGGCUGAUUGCUGGCAUGGAUCAGGGGCUGCUGGGGAUGUGUGUUGGAGAACGGCGCAUCAUCACGAUGCCCCCUUCUCUCGGAUACGGGGAGAAUGGAGACGGCAGCGACAUUCCAGGACAGGCGUCUCUGGUGUUUGAUGUGGUCCUCCUGGACCUGCACAAUCCCAAAGAUGGGAUCACAGUGACCAAUCAGGCCAUUCCUGAACCCUGUAGCAGAAAGACUGUGGCUGGAGACUUUGUUCGUUACCACUUCAAUGGCAGCCUGCUAGAUGGGACUUUUUUUGAUUCAAGCUAUUCUAGAAACCGAACGUACGACACCUAUGUGGGUCGAGGAUAUGUGAUUGCCGGAAUGGAUGAGGCUCUGAUCGGAGUCUGUGUCGGAGAGAGACGCAGUAUUACUAUCCCCCCCCACCUGGGCUACGGAGAAGAGGGAACAGGCACUAAAAUCCCUGGAUCAGCUGUGCUGGUGUUCGACAUUCAUAUCAUUGACUUUCACAACCCGUCAGACAAAACCAAGGUGACUGUCACUUUCAAGCCACAAGUGUGUGAAAAGCUCACCAAGAAAGGAGACUUUGUGAAAUAUCACUAUAACGCCUCUUUGAUGGAUGGAACCUCUAUUGAUUCCACUUACAACUAUGGAAAAACGUACAACAUCGUCCUGGGAGCCAACCAGGUGGUGCCUGGAAUGGAGGAUGGCUUGUUGGACAUGUGUGUGGGAGAGAAAAGGCACAUUGUUAUCCCACCUCACCUGGGAUAUGGAGAGAGAGGAGUCACUGGUGAGGUCCCAGGCAGUGCUGUGCUGGUGUUUGACAUCGAGUUGAUUGACAUGGAGGAGGGACUUCCUGAAGGCUACAUGUUUAUCUGGAAUGACGAGGUUUCCCCCGACCUUUUUUUGGAGAUGGACAAAAACACAGAUGGCCAGGUGGAGGCCUCCGAGUUUACCGACUACAUCAUGCAGCAGGUGAAUGACGGGAAAGGUCGCCUGGCUCCCGGCUUCGAUCCUUACCGGAUCAUUGACAACAUGUUCUCCAACCAGGACCGAAACGGAGACGGGAAGAUCACAGAGGAAGAGUUCAAACUCAAAACAGAUGAGGCCGCUGAUCAUGAUGAACUAUGAUGAGACUAGGUGUACUUAAAGAAAAGAAAUUAUAAAAUGUUGUGGAUUCAGGAUCAAAAGGCUGCAAACACAGCAGCUUCAUGUAAAAACAUGGGACGCAAUGAGAGCAUUGCGUGGAAAGUUUGAAAAGGGGGAUCUUCUUUGUCCAGUUUUGAUAUUUUAUUCUGGACUCAGAUGAUCAACAUCCAAAAGAUCAGGAAAGAUUUAGGACAAUAUUUUAAGUUAAUAUGAGGAUUGUGAUGAUAAUGAAUGUUAUUUUUACCUCCUUGUUCAUCCAGUCCUUGUUAUUUGUUACUUUUCCAUUUUGUUUGAAGGGGAUGAAACACUCCUGUUUGAGAAAACAAACCAGUGUCUCCAUCUUCAGUAUUCCUUUACUUUUAUAGACUCUUGUAGUUAAAUUUCAGUGUCUUACAUAUGUAUUUGCCCACCACAGAAUUUUACUGAAAUGUCAUUAGGUUUUGUAUUUUAGUUAAAAUAACGACACUGGAGGGUUCAGGCUCAGUUCAUGCUUUGUUGGCUUUUCCACUCCUUUUGGUCCCACAUUCCUUGUUUUUAUCUCUUGAAAAUGUCACAUUCAGUUUAAAAUGUUGUUUUUAUGUGUGAGUGUUUGAUUUUUGGAGAUAAAGUGAAAACAAUGCUUUG